AUUCGAAGUCCUGAGGCUGAAGUCCUGAAUGUUCAUCAUGAGAGAUUGCAUGAGAAUUGUGAAGGGUUGCUUCCUCUCUUCCGGGCGGUGGUGCGUUGAAUGCUGCAGCACAUUUGCUUCACUCACAAGCUCUCGCCAAAGCCAAAAAAGCACAACCCAGGCCUUAGCAAAGUGAUCCUUUCUGACCUUCCGCGCUAAGCGCAUCCUUACAAAAUUAGGGUUCGAGUCAAAAUUAGGGUUUGCUCCAUGGGUGGUCAGCAGCAGGGCAUUCUGAGGCGGAAGGAACGCGAGAAACCCUAGCAGGAAGCUUCCGGGUCUUUAAGGAACCCCAAAAGCAAACCCUGGCCCCGCCAAUUUUCUCUGGGGAGUUGAGCAAUCUUGCUCAGGGUCCGAUUCAAAUCAAAAUGGCUGUCCCUGAGGGAGACGAUUCAUCAAGCAAGGAGGCUGACGCAGAGUCAGGCGGCGAGGCUGAGAUUGGGGGGAAGGCUCAGAUGGCGGACGAGUCUGCAAAGGACUCCCUGCUCGGGGGGAGGGAGUGCCCUGGGUUUCUGAAGGUGGAAGACCUGAGCAUGCGGCACUACUGGAGGCUGUCUACCAUCAUGGGGAUGGCGGAUAUCCUAUUGGACGUGGAUAAGUACUUUACAUAUAUGCUGCUGAUCAACAGGUUCGGGUGCGACUUCCAGGCGUAUUUCGGCGUGCUGUACCUGUGCUACACGCUGGCCUACCUCGGGUGGUCCCCCCUGACGGGCGUCUGGUCCGACCUCGCGCACCGCCACAUCGUCUCGCUGCUCGUCUUCUGCUCCGGCGCGCUUGCGUGCAUCUACGCCGCCAUGAUCCUGCUGCCGGUGCCGAAGGGCCCGCUCGUCUGGCUGUACCUGCUCAAGUGCAUGCUGCACAUGCAGAUGAGCAGCGCGGGCUGGAAGGCCAUCAAAACGUACGUCCAGCGCAUGUUCGGCAGCAACAUCCUGGUCCACGAACAAGUCCUCAACCGCAUCGGCACGCUCGGCGACCUCGCCACCGAAACCUACGAGAUCGCCGUUCUAGUUGCUGCGCUUAUCGCGGGCGUCUGGUUCGGAAACUACGGACUGGUGACGUGGAUCCUCUACUCGGCGGUUCUCUUCAUCAGCGGGACCGUAUUCACACUGGCCGUCUCGCUGUGGGUGUCCCACGGCCGGCUCAUUCACACCACCCAGGAGGACGGGGAGCUAAACCUGCCGGUUAUGCAGCCGGUUAAGGGGGGUUUCAGAGGGGUUAGGCACGGGUUAAAGGAGGUUUGGGGGUGGCUCAGCACGCGGCUGAGCUACUUCUUCUCCUCGAGUAUACUGACGAACUGCGUCAUGCUGAGCAUGGUCAGUAGCUGCUUUGAGUAUAUGUUCGACGGCCCGGUUGCUCUCACGCGGGCGACCCUGGUGCAAACCGACCACGGGUUAUGCCACGGGACCGUCGACUUCAUUCUAGUUCAGACAGUCAUACUCCAGAUCAUGUACCUAAUCGGGGGGGCCGCUUAUUUCCUGGGGAUAAUGCACCUCCAUCCGGCCGUCUACUACGGUUCCGUUUACCCGCUCGCUUCCGCCCUCUUCAUGGGCGGAACGCUCCUCCAGUUCCUGCCCCUGUCCGCCGUGACGUCGGCCGUCGUCAUCAGCACGAUGACCGUCAGCGCGUAUUACGUCAGCAUAUACAAUACGUACGUGUUGUCGGGGAGCAGCAAGGCGGAAUAUUUUGGGUUUGUACAGGCGAUAUAUUCGCUCGGCGUGGGGGCGUCGGGUUUUCUCCCGAGUUUGCUGCAAGUCGUGAGAGCCGACGAGCGCGUAUUGCUGCUAGUCGCAUUGGCUAUGGCGGCGUGGGGCAUGCUGCAGAGUAUACUUAUGUGGCGCAACCGGCGGCAGUUUGACGAGGACGUGGCGAAGGCGGACGUGCUCUAUUAAGAGCUAGGGGGAUGAGCUAUCUUGGCAUCUCGCGGCGUGCAUACGCUAUGGUAUGAAAGUCGUAGGGAAUCAGACGAGUCACUGUCAGGACAGACAGCCAGCUGAAAAUGGGUGCGAGGAUUCGACGGACGUUUUGAUGCAAAUGAGAACGCAUCGAGGGUGGAUGGAUUGAACAGUGUAGGUACACAGCUAGCAAGCUCUCAGUGGUUUUGAACAGCUAGAGUCAGGUUUGUUGAGUUGCUUCUACUAGUCGACCGCCUGAGUAACAUGCCUGUUUAGGAUAAGCUUGUAAAUAACAAUUCUGCGCGCAAACGAGAUCACCACACGACUUUUAGCUAGGACUUGAGUCCAUUAAGUGGAGAUUAUACAAGGCUCUUUAACUUACAGGUGAUAGCGAGGUGAAAAAAUCUGGGUCUGGCGUUCGCAUGUUUGUGACGCGGUCGACCGGACCCAAGUUGAACCGUCACGUAUCCAACAAACCCGAACAAUCUCAGCUCUUAAACGCGCUCACUGAUGCCGAAAGCAUUCAAUGAUUGCGCGACGUGAUUGAACACCAACUGGCA